AUGGCGGAUGUACCAUUACAAAUUAUAUCCGAGAAUGCCUCAUCCGAGAGACGCAUAACACCGUCAUGGUCAAUCAGCCACUUGAAAUCAAGACUUGAACCUAUCACCGGCAUUCCGCCCUUCUCUCAGAGGCUAUUUCUAAAGGUUGCAGGCCAGGACAAAGUCCCUGUAGUGGCGGCAGAUGAGGAGACUGCACAGAUAGGUGCCUUCCACCUGAGCCCUUACAGCGAGCUUCAUGUCAUCGACACACGCCCGCCAGGUGCUCGGCCCAACUUCACCGAUACCUCUGGUGUCGACAAGUAUGUGAUGCCCGAGGAGGAGUAUGAAAAGAAGACGGAUUCUGUGCUCGCGUGGAAGAAGUCCCAGAAACUGGGGCGUUUCGACCCCAACGCCCCCAGUCUCGAGCAGGCCAAAAUUGCCUCUUUCGCCCGGGAGAUCGAGGCUCGUGGUAUUGCCGUAGGCAAGCGGUGCCGAGUGGGCGGCGACGAUGCCAGGAGAGGGGUGAUCAAGUACGUCGGCGAAGUCAAAGAGAUCCCCGGCGGUCUCGGUGCUUGGGUCGGAGUUCAGCUAGACGAGCCCGUGGGCAGAAACGAUGGGAGCAUCGGCGAAACCAGAUAUUGGGGACAGCCAUCGCAACUCAAGCAUGGCGUCUUCGUCAGGCCGGAGAGGGUCGAAGUCGGUGACUAUCCUGCGAUGGACGACCUGGAGGACAUGGAAGAAAUCUAA